AUGCCCGAACUGGGCAUUGGCGACUUUUACUUCACCCUAACUUCACAAGACGAAAGCCCCUCCGUGAUAUCGCUCAUUGAGACCCUCGGCUUAGAACCACACAUUGAAGGUGGCUACUUUAAAGAAACCGACGUUUCCGUCGCCUCCAUUUCUUCACCAUAUCCUCCUGAACCCCUAUCUGAGGAGACUCUUUGCCUGACGGAUGGUCUUCGUUCCGACCUCGGACCCCUGUUCCGCAGACUUUCGACCACCAUUUACUACUAUCUCACACCCAACCGCCCACAGUGUUAUCCCCACCGUACCCGCAGCCGCAUAAUCCAUUCGCUUCAUCUGGGCCGCGGUCGGUAUGUGCUCAUCAGCCCCGACGGACAUGUUGAGACAUAUGUCGUGGGACGCAAUCUUGAGAUGGGCGAACGGCUUCAAUGGGUUAUUGAAGGAGGUGUCUGGCAGGCCAGUUACCUGCUUGAUGUCGAGGAUGGCGAGAACGAGGGACUGUUGAUUUCCGAAACUGUCGUGCCAGGGUUCGAAUACGCUGACCAGGAGUUUCUGUCUGAGGCGGGUUUGAGAAGCUUGGUACAGGCUGACCAAGCAAGGAAGCUAGAGUGGUUAGUCCGAAAGUGCGACAAGGUCCAUGACAAACCUGAUAGCAAACCGGGAGCGAAGCACAGUGUCUAA